GAUUUUUAACAUUCACCUUAUAAAUCUUUACAUAUCCCCCCAUCCAUCAAGUUUACUUCGAACUCUCUCUUCUACUUUCUCCCUGGCAUUAAGCUUUUGUCUGUUCAAACAUGGCGAAGGCGAGAGCUUCUCUUCUGAUAAUCUUCACAUUCACCAUUCUCCCACUCCCUUCAUUUUCCUCCUCAACAGACUCCUUCAUCUACGGCGGCUGCACCCAGCAAAAAUACACCCCUGACUCACCUUACGAGUCAAACGUCAACUCGCUACUCACCUCCCUUGUCAACUCAGCCACCUACUCCUCCUACAACAACUUCACCAUCAUGGGUUCGAACCCCCAAGACGUCGUCUACGGCCUCUACCAGUGCCGCGGCGACCUCUCCAUGCCCGACUGCGCCACCUGCGUCGCCCGCUCCGUCACACAGCUCAGCUCCCUCUGCUCCCGCACCUGCGGCGCCGCCGUCCAGCUCCAAGGCUGCUACGUCAAAUACGACAACGCCACCUUUCUCGGCGUCGAAGACAAGACGGUGGUUUUCAAGAAAUGUGGACCGUCCGUCGGCUACGAUACGGAGACAAUGGGUAAAAGAGACGCCGUUAUGACGGGAAUCGUUAACACCGGUGGGCCCUACCGGGUCGGCGGUUCCGGCGACGUCCAGGGAGUUGCCCAGUGCGUGGGGGACUUGAGCGUGGGGGAGUGUCAGGAUUGCGUGGCGGAUGCGAUCGGACGGCUGAGAAACGAUUGUGGGAUGGCGGUUUACGGUGAUUUGUUUUUAGGCAAGUGUUACGCUAGGUACUCUACGGGUGGGUCCCAUUUCUAUUCCCCCCUGGCCCAUCACGAUAAAUCAACCAACGAUGGUGAGAAAACCUUUGCAAUCAUCAUUGGAUUAUUAGCCGGAGUUGCUCUGCUCAUUAUUUUCCUCGCUUUCCUGGGAAAAGUUUUCCAGAGAAAUGGUAAAUGAAAAGAAAAUUUGACGACCAAAAUGGAGUUGAAACACAAAGCUUCACGAUAUCAACUUUUAAUUUCCUUAAUUUUAUUUUUUGGGUAAUUUAUAUAUAUAUAUAUAUGAUAUUAUAUGUUAAUUAUUCAUGAAAAGGAGAGAUGGGAAAGACGAAAAAGGAGGGAGAAAAAAAGUUGUGAGAUUCCACUCUUCAAAUCUCUCCCACUUUUAACUAUUAAAGUUGUAUGGUGUAAUGUGAAGAA